CCGGUAUGUAUUGUACAUUGUAUCUUCGGCUGUGCAAUAUGGCUGCUGCUCGUCCAAUCCACCCUAGAUGCCGGCAGCCAACCUCGUAUAUACUCGCCAUGGAUAAUGGGGCACAGCAAAAGCAAAGAAAACGGCCAAAGCGACCAAUUCCCCCUCCCGCAGCCCUCGUUGGGCGAACCCUAUUCGACCCGUGUGGUCAAGUCCAUGUAUGCCUCCAUGUGUGCGUUUCCCAUGUUCCAUGGCUAUGUGAGUAAUACUUCGUCCCAUGCUCCAUUGGCCCACUCGCCGUGGAUGAAUGCGCGACAGUCGCCUCCCCUCGUCUCAACCGAGAGUGGCUGGACGCCUUGGAUGGCCAUCAGCUUCUGGUCGCUCGUCUGCAUGCCCUGCUCGCGCGCACACUUGAAACCUCGCCCGAGUCUGUCCGUCGGCUGUCCGUCUGCCUGUCUGUCUGUGUGGAUUGAUUGAUUGAUUGAUCGAUGCUUCUCCUCCCCGCUGCUCACCGCCUUGUCCACCACCGGCACCCACAGCACUAUAUUAAGGCCGGCAGCUAGCCCUAUCCGGGAAUAGCCUCCCGGCCGUUGGUCCUUCCACGCUUCCCUACACAUGGGCUCAACUUACCUCACUCAUCAUCAUCAUCCUUCUUCCCAUACAUCUCGGCUUCGACUAUCAACCGCAGAUAUUGACAGGAGCAUUUUGUUUAGAUGCAUUCUUCCCAUCUACCACACGAGCAUGCAUGCACCCAUCUUUUUUUCUUCUUCCUUUUUUUUUCUAUUUUAGCUUUUUGUUCUCUCCUUGCUUACAUACUGCUCCUGCUCCCGCCACGUCAGUUCGCUUCAAAAAUUCGCUUACCAAUGCAGGAACCACAGUACGCGCAUUCGCAGUCUUCAUCAAUCGUGCUGCGCGCUAGAUAAAUAAAAGACGUGCCUGUUUGCCACUGACUUAUAUCUGUACGCGCCAAAGUCUGCCUGACUGGUUCUGGUCGUGCAAAAAUCUUACUCUCAAGAGUGGCUUUCUGCCCGUCAUCCCCGAUUUCUGUCCAACAAUAUACUACCACUGGUGCCCGUGCUGCCAUGCUGUCCACUGUCAUUUCAGGAGUGGAGCAGCAUAGAGAACUGCAUAUUGUAUGAGUGCUAGAAACCCUGACAUCGGUCAAGUUCCAUCACGAGCUGGCUCGACAGCGCCGAAGCGGACCCACGAGCCGACAUACAUGCAUACAACUGUGAAGCGAACCAAUUCCCGUCAUGAGGUGACACGUCCACGAAAAUUAUCAUCGUGUGCCAAGCGCUGCUCGCCGCCGUCCGGUGAGACAGAUUCGGUGCACAUUCAUCCGCACAACGUGCCGCAAACGGCAAGCUUAAACCCUGGACUCCGCAUCUCUCAAAAACCUGCAUCCAGAGGCACGACAUGUGGACCGUCCUUGAGGGCCUCCCCAACUGCCCAUGCAGGCAUACGAUGGAAUCAUCCCUCAAGCGCGUUAUCCCCUCGUCACUCAUUUCGUGGACAAGGUUGCACUUUGACUGACGUCAAACAACUGACUAUCUGGCUUCAGCAGGCAACAUGCCGUGGACAGCCAACUAGUUGCGUUGCUUUUUGGCUGGCAGCCCUUCACUCACCGAUGGGCUUGACAACACAUACAUGA